AUGGUUCCUCCUCCUACUCAUUCCAGAAUUCUAGAGAUCAACCUCAUUUCAGCUGAAGGCCUAGCCCCGGUAUGCAAAAAUAUGAAGACCUACGCUGUUGCUUGGAUCCAACAGGACCGCAAGCUGACCACAGGGGUAGACCAAAUUGGCGGAACCGAUCCAUCUUGGAAUGACAGGUUCAUGUUCCGAGUCGAUGACAAUUUUCUAAACUCUGAGGAUGCCACUAUUUGUGUUGAGAUUUAUUCGGCUGCCCGACGCCAAGAUCAACAACUCCGCCACGAGAACCGUCACGUCCGCCGUCCCUCUGGCGGCCCCCAAGGUAUUCUCAACAUGGAGGUUGCCCUUAUCGAUAGUACCAUCUGCAGCAUGCCUCAGCCAGAAGACCCUGAACUAAAAACAACCAGCAAAACCAAGGAGAAUUACGAGAAUAACGAGUCACAAAAUCACAAGUCAAAUGCAAUCGCUAAGAUAAGCCGUUCACAAAGCGACCGAACCGAGUUAACAUUAAUGGAAGAUAACUCGGAUAAAAGGCCUAAAAUGGGAUCGAUUGUUAAUGAUUGUUCAGCGGGUAAAGGCAGUGGUAGCAUGGUGAAUGGUGACUCUCUUUGUUGCUCGGACGUGGAGCUUCAGCUUCGGUUGUAG